CUUAUUCUGCAUUAUUUGAAAGAAGAAGGGUAUCUGGAUGCUGCCCGAGUACUCGAAAAAGAAGGUGGAUCCGGUGUGACGAAAUUUGAAGUCUGUGACAACGUUGAUCUACCCACAAUCCUUCAGGAAUAUGAAUCAUACUACCAUGUUAAGUUCAACAAGCAGCCAAAGAUUAUCAAGAAAACAGUCAGUAGUGCUGAUGCAAGUAAAGGUCUACCUCCCAAGUUAAAAUCCUUGUCAAAAAGCUCAAGGAACAAUUCAAUAUCUUUACCAAGCAUUAAUGGGACAAGUGGAGAAACCUCUCAACAAACAGGAGGAGCCUCAAACAAGAGACCAAAUAGUGAUGGCAAGAGAAAGAUGAAGACAGCRACCAGACAGASUUCACUGCCAUCUGCUAAUACCCCACCUGAUGUAACCCCACAAAACUCCUCCACCAGCUUAAACUUGGCUGGAACGUCUAUCACUAAUCAAGGCAAAAAUCCACUUCCUAGUAACCAGUCUACCAGCAACACACAUGGAAAGCAAGUAAUAGUAGAUGUGCGAGCCAUGUUAAAUAAUGCUAUUAAAGGAGAUUACAUGUCAGCAGAAAUGGAUCAUUCUGAUCGACUUCUCAAACCUCUUGGAGGGUUCGCAGGGUUAACCGGGGAAUGGAGGGAUCUGGCUUCUGUGAUAAGUAGAGAUAUAUAUCUUCAUGAUCCUGCUGUAAGAUGGGAUGACAUCAUAGGACUGGAUGCUGCCAAACGACUUGUCAAAGAAGCUGUUGUCUACCCUAUCAAGUAUCCUCAGCUAUUUAGUGGGAUUUUAUCUCCAUGGAAGGGUCUUCUACUGUAUGGACCACCAGGGACGGGAAAGACUUUGCUUGCCAAAGCAGUAGCUACAGAGUGCAAUACAACAUUUUUCAAUAUAUCUGCUUCGUCAAUUGUUAGUAAAUGGAGAGGAGAUUCAGAAAAGUUAGUCAGGGUGUUGUUUGAAUUAGCUCGUUUUCAUGCCCCUUCUACAAUAUUCUUAGAUGAACUAGAAUCUCUAAUGAGCCAAAGAGGAGCAGGGGGAGGGGGAUCUGAACAUGAGGGAAGUCGGAGGAUGAAAACGGAACUGUUGGUGCAGAUGGAUGGACUUGCACGAUCUGAUGAUCUUGUUUUUCUGUUAGCUGCGUCAAAUCUACCAUGGGAGCUGGACCAUGCAAUGCUACGGAGGCUUGAGAAAAGAAUCCUUGUUGAUCUUCCGAUAGCUGAAGCAAGAAAAGCCAUGUUAAAGCAGUAUUUACCACCAGUYCUUGCAGCUACUGAUGAAAACGGAAUUGAUAUCAAAACWGAAAUUGACUACGAUAAAUUAGCUGAGAAGACAGCUGGUUAUUCAGGUUCUGAUAUCAKGCUUCUUUGUAAAGAGGCAGCCAUGAGAAAAGUGCGUAAGAUAUUUGAUAUUCUAGAAGGACACCAAGCAGUUGCWGURGACGGUCGUUCGACACCUUUACCAAGGCUGGAAAUUGAACCUGUAACAACCGCUGAUAUGGAAGCAGCGCUGGCUCACACUAAACCUUCUGCUCGACAACUUCAGGAUAAGUACAAAGAAUGGCAGAAAGAAUAUGAAUCUGUAUGAAUGACAUUGCUAUAGCAACAACCUCCGAACAAAAAACGAUUUUACGCCGCAACAGUGUGUUUAGAUGCGUCGCCCUCAACGAACGCUUAAUGUGCUUGAUUGUACGUACAAUUGUAUUUCGAUUUCGAAAUUUUAAUAUAUUUACAGUCCGGCUAGUCCCGGUAGAUUUCCGUCUGCGAAUCGUCGGCUAUCGAUGUUCGGUUAUUG